GUGAUCUCACUGGCAGCUAUGUUCUAUGUUCUUUCAGAUCAAUUGAGAGAUUCUGGGAGUUACCCUUUUCCUUGAUGCUUGUCAUGAUCUCCUUCAUAAACUGAAGAACCAUACCCAUGAGUUCCUCUAACAACAACCAUCCAGCUCCAUCAGGCACAGGAAGGGAGUGAAAGGCCUUCAGUGCUGAUAGGGGCUCAAAGUCAAAGAUGGUCUCUCCAAGGAAAUCUUAUAGUCAAGAGCAAAGAGGCUUGGAUUGGAAAAGAGAAGAUGUAAAGCAAUCCAAUUUCCUCAUACCUCAUGAUGCAGAAUCUCCAAAGAACAUUGAAUCCCCUGUAAGCAGGGACCAGAUUGGUUCUGGGAAGAAACUGCCACUUCCAACUGCAAAAAGCCAGAGAGAAGCUAUUUCAUUGAAAGCUGAACGGGUAAAUUCCUCGCAGAUAUUAAAGAACAGGGGAGAAAGUUCUGAUGCAGUUAGGGCAACUUUUAAUUCUCCUGAGCUUCCUUCUUGGGUUGAUCAGCAGAAUCUUUCUGAUAAUACAGUCAUUUGUCGCAUUUGUGAGGAGGGAGUUCCAAUCUCUCAUCUGGAAAACCAUUCAAGAAUCUGUGCAAUUGCUGAUAAAUGUGAUCAGAAAGGUGGUUUAAGUGUUAAUGAGCGUCUUAUCAGUAUUGCUGAGACUCUUGAGAAAAUGGUAGAGUCUCAUUCACACAAGGACUUGCAGAAUAUAAUAGGAAGUGUGGAUGUUGCAAAAGUUUCAAACUCAAGUAUUACUGAAGAAUCUGUUGGUCUAUCUCCAAAACUCAGUGAUUGGUCCCAUAAGGGUUCAGAGGACAUGGUUGAUUGCCUUCCUGGAGCUGUUGAUUUUGUUUUCGUGGCAGGAAAGGGUGCAUAUGCUGAACAUGAAGAUCUUCCACAGAUGAAUGAAAUUGCAGAUAUUGCUCGAUGUGCUGCAAAUCUACCCAUGGAUGAUGGCCAGUCCAUUUCAAAUCUGGUUUCCUGUCUGGAAGACCUACGGGUUAUAGUUGACCAUAGAAAACUAGAUGCACUUACAGUGGAGACAUUUGGAGCAUGCAUAGAGAAAUUGAUCAGGGAAAAAUACUUGCAGCUCUGUGAGCUAGUAGAUGAUGAUAAGGUUGAUUUAAUGAGCACUGUAAUUGAUGAAGAUGCCCCCAUGGAAGAUGAUAUGGUUCGUAGCUUGAGAACGAGCCCUAUUCACUCUUCUAAGGACCGCACUUCCAUAGAUGACUUUGAAAUAAUAAGACCAAUCAGUCGUGGGGCAUUUGGACCAAUCUACUUGGCAAAAAAGAGAGCAACGGGUGAUCUUUUUGCGAUUAAGGUUCUUAAGAAGGCAGAUAUGAUCCGUAAGAAUGCUGUUGAGAGUAUUUUGGCUGAGCGUGACAUCUUGAUUUCAGUCCACAGUCCUUUUGUGGUGCGCUUUUUCUAUUCUUUUACAUGCCGUGAGAACUUAUAUAUUGUCAUGGAAUAUUUGAAUGGAGGAAACCUGCAUUCAUUGUUGAGGAAUUUAAGAUGCUUGGAUGAGGAUGUUGCUCGCAUAUAUAUUGCUGAAGUUGUGCUUGCUCUGGAAUGCUUACAUUCACUAUGCGUAGUUCAUCAUAAUUUGAAGCCCAAUAAUUUGUUGAUUGCACAUGAUGGUCAUAUCAAGUUGACAGACUUUAGGCUUUCGAAGGUUGAUCUCAUCAACAAAAACGAUGAUUUGUCUGGUCCAGCAGUUGGUGGGACAUCUUUGCUUGGAGAAGAUGAACCACAGUUCUCUGUUUAUGAGAAAUUGACUCAGCGAGAAAGAUGGCAAAAACAUUCAGCUGUGGGUGCUCCUGAUUAUUUGGCUCCGGAGAUACUCUUAGGGACUGGAUAUGGCACAACUGUAGAUUGGUGGUCUGUGGGUGUUAUUCUUUUUGAGCUGAUUGUUGGCAUACCACCCUUUAAUGCAGAGCAUCCACAGACUAUUUUUGACAAUAUACUCAGUCGUAAAAUUCCUUGGCCCCGGGUGCCUGAAGAGAUGAGCCUUGAAGCGCAAGAUCUAAUUGAUCGAUUAUUGACAGAAGAUCCUAAUCAGAGACUUGGAGCUAAAGGAGUGGCAGAGGUGAAGCAACAUGCAUUCUUCAAAGAUAUCAAUUGGGACACGCUUGCCAGGCAGAAGGCUGCAUUUGUUCCGGCUUCAGAGAGCACACCUGAUACAAGUUACUUUAUAAGCCAAUACUCCUCGAAUACUUCAGAGGAACAUGUUUAUGCAGCCAGUGAAUAUGUCGAUUCCAGUGAUGAUGCUAGCUUGAAUGGCAGCAGCAGCUGCCUGAGCAAUCGCCAGGACGAAGUGGGAGAUGAAUGUGCAGGCGUUGCUGAGUUUGAGUCUGGUUCAUCUGUCAUGUACUCGUUUAGUAAUUUUUCAUUCAAGAAUCUCUCCCACCUUGCAUCAAUCAACUAUGAUUUGCUUACAAAGGGAUGGAAUGAUGAACCCCCAUCAAAAAAUGAUGCUUGAAAACCAGAUAUUCAAGCAUGGAAUUGCAUAGAUAAAGAGGAGAAAGUUUUCCUUCAGGCCGCGCGAUGGAAAACUACAGCCAUUAAGGGCUGUCAAUGUCUGCCCCUUAUUUAAGAAUGUUUGAAAAUAACCCCCCCCCCAGCUGUUGCAUGAUACCCUAUGGACACCAUUCGAACCCCUGAGUCAAGGGAUUCUCGCUUUACCAUGGGUGAAGGAAAACCCGAUCCUUGCUUAUAUAUCCACAUAGAUACAAAAAGGGCAAAAGCUCGGAUCAAUUCAGGAAUUUGCUUCUCUAUUUAGUAUCUUGUGUCUGAAGAAUUUUUUUUUGUCUUGGGAUAUUAAGCAGUAAGAAGGGACUUAGUUUGUGUUGCACA